AUGAGGGUGUAUCUACUGCCAUCUCUGGGUACUCAUACCGGUCACAUCGUGGUCGCGUUGCUUGAGCUUAGUCUCCUCCCGCGAGACCACUACCGCCAUCCGGGAGGAGACUCUGCCCCUCCCCCUGCCUGGAGCGUGACACCCCCUUUCUCGAAGAGCCCUGUGAAGACUGGUCCGUUGGUGCGGAACGAUGGAGGAAGCCGCUUUCAAAGUAAGAACUCUGAGUCCCUCAAGCCCAGACGCACCUUAGGCCUCUACAGUAACCUGCCAUUGAGCCUAGGUGCUUGGCUAGAGUCUCCAUUCCUGCCCAUUCUCCCUGUCCUCUCCAGCACCCCGAGUUCCUUGGCUUCUUUCCUUGUGUGUGACCCGCAGCCUGUGCCCAAGCACCCACACCAUCACCGCAGCUCGAUCAAGUCGGGCCUGUUUGGAGAUGUUCGUGACCUAUGGAGCACCGCCAAUAUAUCCGUGGCGAAUGUGUCGGUGUCCGACGUCUGCGAAGACUUCGACGACUACGAGACGCCCAGAGCGGCAGGCAAGCCGCGCAGGUUCAGCCAGACCAUUUCUAUGAUGGAAAACCUCAACCUCAACGCAGAGGAGAUCCAGAAGCAAGCGCGUUUAGAGUUAGAGCUGCGCCGUGGCAGAUCCUUGGAGCGCGAUCUCACCGAUGAAGAUCAGCUGGAAGGUCAGUGUAGCCUCGCGGAGUCUUCUUCAGAGUCAUCAGUCAGUCUGAUGAAGGAAAUGCCGCAUCAAGCCUACUGGACAGAGCAACAGAACAGGCUGCCGAUACCACUGAUGGAACUCAUGGAGAAUGAAGUUCUGGAAAUUCUCAGCAAAGCCCUCAUUACAUACAAAACCAAGAUCGGCAGGAGCCACUUCAUCACUAAAGAGCUUCAGAGCCACAUCAAUGAGCUCAAGAAACGACGGGAGAGGAGGCUGUACUGUCUGCCUGAGUGAACCCCCAGCUCAAAUGUCCUGUCCUGUCCCCCGGACCCAAGCUCGACCCUAUCUGCAUGGAAUUUGAGCCCUAGAUAAAUUAAAGAGUC